AUGUUCGGAAACCAAAGCCUUGCAAAAAGCGUCCUUUCAUUUGCCCUCUUGGGAAGCAUCCUGGGCAACGUGGUCGUUGGCUUGCCUACCACCCCGACUAGCAAUGGCAAAGAUGAUGAUACCACCAAGGUAGAGCAAACCUUUUUCUCUGUGCAGUGCAUCCGCGGAAGCUGGGGUGAAGCCCAGCGUUGCGGCGCCUGGUAUUCCAGUGCGGGCCGUUUGAACGUCAACAGGACUCGGUGUCCAGCAGGAACCCAGGCGGCUGACGAUGUUUAUUUUGAUUGCUACUGUAUAGGAGAAUGUACCCCUUGUAACGACAGGGCUAAGGCUGAGGCUGAGGCCAGAGUUAAGGCCAAGGAGGAGGUGAAGCCUGAAGCUGAGGGUUAG